AUGUCUCUGAGACUCGCGCCGGACUUCAGAUACGGUGACUCCACACAUGUGAGGCCGACGGAGCGAGGAGUGGUGGAAGAUGCCCUGGCGAUGUACGCCUGGCUGGUAGACUCACUCAAUGAGAAGGACAGACCACCUGUUAUUGUAUGGGGACACUCUUUAGGGACGGCAGUAGCAGCAAAUAUGGCGGCCAACCUAUCAGAUCUCUGUCGCAGUCAAGGUCGCGCUCAGCUGCCGCUACCAGACGCAGUGGUACUCGAGGCGGCGUUCAAUAACCUCACAGACGAGAUCGAGAGCCAUCCCUUUUCUAAGGCGAGUCGUAAUUAUAAAAAUGAUCGAUUUACGUUGUUUUUGACUAAACGAGUUUUCGUAUCCUGGCUGCCCUAUUACAAGGACACCUUCGUGAAACCAUUCACCGCAUCAUCAGAAUACACGUUCACCACCGACCAGUACCUCUGCCGCGUGCCAAAUUUACCUAUCCUCAUGCUGCACUCCAAGGGAGACAAGAUUGUGCCCUUCAAUUUAGCUGUUAAGUUACAUGCAAAAGUGGGUGAAUCCCGAAAGAAGUCGGAUGCUCCGCUAGUAUUCCAUGCAUUUGAGCGGGGUUUGGGGCUGGGACACAAUAAUCUAUGCGAAGCACCGGAGCUAAAGAAUGUCGUGGAGUAA